UUGGUCACUCUAAGUCAAUGUUUACGUUUUUCUGCGAAAAAUCAGCAAAUUGUUGCUAAAAAACGUUAUUAUUAUUAACAAAACUGGCCCAAAACCGCACAAAUGUCGCUGCUCAAUCAAUACGAGCAGCAGUAUGCAUCGCUAAUAGCCGAAAUCACCGCCCAUAUUGGACGGUUACAGCAGCAGAACAACAACAGUGAACGCAACGAUUUGUGCAGCAAGAUCGAUGCCAGUCUGCCGGAAGCCCAGGAGCUGCUGGAGCAGAUGGGCCUUGAGGUUCGCGAACUGAAUCCCACCCAGCGCAGCAGCUUCAAUGGUAAACUGCAGGUGGCACAGGCCGAGCUGAAGCGCCUGCAGGCGGAGUACAGACAGACCAAGGACAAGCAGCGCGCCCAGGCACACAACACCUUCACCACCUUGGAUCUGGGCGAUAGCUACGAGGAUGUGACCAUCAGCACCGAUCAGCGGCAGCGAUUGCUGGACAACUCGGAGCAGAUCGAACGCACGGGCAACCGGCUAACCGAAGGCUAUCGCGUGGCUUUGGAAACGGAACAGUUGGGCGCCCAGGUGCUGAAUGACCUGCAUCAUCAGCGGGAGACGCUCCAGGGAGCCAGAGCUCGCUUAAGGGAAACCAAUGCCGAGAUCAGUCGAGCCUCGCGCACCUUGAACAACAUGAUGUUGAGGGCUAUGCGCGAGAAGGUGGUCCUCUAUGGCGUUGGUGUCUGCUUUGUGGUAGCCGUGGGCGUCAGCAUUUACCUAACCUUUGCUCCCGGCUCCUCGGUCACCUCGUAGUCAUCCACGUAGCUCAGAAAUAACCAAUGAUAGUUCGAUUGUAGGCCAAGUUUAGCCAUUCCAAUUUGUCGUAUGUUGAUUAUUUAUUGUUUUAGCAUAUAUUUUACCUUUACGCGUUACAUAUUCCGUGGAAGAAAGCUUCAAACUUACGCACUAAGCUAAAUACGCUCUAGGGUGGGUGCAUUAGUUUUACCAGAAAAAUGUUUAGGAACAAAGAGUAAUCCCUGGGUUACACAAUUUUAUACGUAAAACCAAAAACUUUGUAUUAUAUUUUGCCCUAAGAAAAUUUCCAUAAAAAAAUAACAUUUCCCUUUAGAAA